AUGGAUCCCAUCAGCUAUCCUACGACAUACGAAUAUGACGCCCUCCCUACACCUCACCAUAUCCGCCUUCUUCACAUACAUACCGAUGGUAGUGACGAUGACACGACUUUCGAAAUUGUCAUCAUCAAGCUACCUACCGACUCGGAGCCAUUUGCAUUCGAAACCCUGUCAUACACAUGGGGUGCCCCUAGGCGCGUGGCUUCUCUUUCCCUUCACAAUAAUUCAGGUGUGAUUGGAUUGACGCAGAAUCUGUCGCAGGCUAUACCGCAUCUUGUACGCACUUCCCAGACAAGAUACCUCUGGAUCGACCAGCUAUGCAUCAAUCAGAACGACCCAGGUGAAAAAGCACAACAAGUUAGCAUCAUGGAUAAGAUCUACAAAGCCGGCUCUCGCGUCAUCGUCUGGCUUGGUCCUGCAGAUGAACACACCACCAUAAUCAAAGAGUGGCUUCACGAGCUUGAACAGUGUCUCGCAAGCAGAGAGGAUGCCCACAAAACCCUCCCCACCCACAAGGCCUACAACCACAGCGUACGCAUGCUCGUUGUCCGCUCGACCUGGGUUUCUACAGAAACUGACCCUAAGUACGCUAUCGCCGCUCGCCGCUUUUGGAGCCGUCGCUGGUUUCGCCGCAGUUGGGUUGUGCAGGAAUUGCUACUCUCGCGCGCCGUCAUCUUCCUCGCUGGCUCUUACACCUUCACCAUGCAAGACCUGUCUGAUCUACAGACACUCCCACCAAACAUGGCUUUGCCACCGGUCAUGAGCGACGAAGACAAAGACAACACCAAGGCGUACGACACACUCAUGAGCCUCAAGCGCUUCCCCUUCACAGAUCGGCAACCCCUGCGGUUCUUAAAAUUCAUGGCGCAGGUUGCUAGCGAGUUUGAAACCACCGAGUUAGUCGACCGCUUAUGCGCUUUCUUAGGGAUGCUAGAAGGAACCUCAUUUCGCCCAGACUACACGCGCACUAUAAGCUACAACUUUACGGCUUUUGUAGUCAGCGUGGCGCAGACGUAUGGCAGUAUCGACUUCCUGUCCCUAUGGUCCGCAAACAUAGACGCAAAGAUCGAAAGCACGCCAGACGAGCUGAAGGGCUUCGCCAGCUGGGUGCCCAGUUGGACGUGGCUUCCGCUGAUGGCACCGUUCCGUCUUGUGGCAGGAACGACCCGCGCAUUCUUCUCCAACGUCAAGUGGGAUGCUGCUGCGGGGCGGAAACAUGCGCAUCAGCAGAAUGAAGACGCUGUUGAGACGGAGAGACUACACGUGAGAGGUGAGAUCAUUGACCGUGUUGCACGCAUCAGCAGCGCGAAAAUAGACCGCUACUUCGGCGACGCAGACGAUGCGUAUCUUGAAGGCAUUGCGGCACAGAUCAAGUCUGAUCUCCCAGACUCGGGCUUUGGAGUUUGGACGCGUGUUGAUCUCGUACGGUUUCUCAAUAUUAUCUCUGCGAACGGGGCCACGCCGAAGGAGUCAGCUGAGGAGGUUCUAGGUCUUAAGAAGAAAGAGUGGAGUACCGGGUUAGUCGACAAUCUGGGAUACAACGAGUCUCUUUCUUCACGCCUUUCCAUAGGACGGGGAAGACGAUUUGCUACAACGGAGCGCGGUAGGAUGGGCCUUGUACCGUUCAUUGGGACUAGGGCGCAGAGUGGAGAGGAGAAGGGUUCAGCCAUUGCAGUGUUGCAUGGAUGUAUCGUGCCGGUUGUGUUGGAGAGCGUGAGUGAGGAAAGAGACGAGUGGACGGUGAUCGGGGAUUGCUAUCUCGAGGGGUGCAUGCAUGGGGAGGCAGUGGAAUGGACGGAGGAUGAGGCUGAUACAUUUGUUUUGGUGUAA